GACCAUUUCCCUCUGACCGGAAGCAAACCUCCGUGCAUGGUUUCGGAAUCUAGCAAAUAGCCAGACAUGCAGUGUCGUCAGUGAGUCACAUGGACGAUGCUGAGCGUUUCUAAGCCGAGCAAACUUAUGGAUUGGCGACAGCGGCAUUCUUAGAUCAACCACCCAUCCAGACACGCGCCGACAGGAAAUUUCCUGGUUUCCCUUUCUCCUAAAAAGGUUACGUUCAACGCCGGCCCUCACUCGCCCUUGCUUGCCUUUGCUUGCUCACAUCAGGUUGUAAAUCUAGAGCUCCAGUCGCUGCAUCCAUGGCGUCGCGAGAUUCCGCCUCGGUGUCCGCGUACCUUCGCGAGUUCUGUCAGUACCUCGCGAGCUCCAACGUAUGGCCGCGAACCCGCCCCGCCCUAGGUGCGGCCCACCAGCAGUUCUGCCAGUCGAGCGCGACCAACGACAACACUCGCAGAUCCGUGACCUUACCGAAUCAGCUGGUGUUAUUCCUUCUAGCAAAGCACUCUCUAGUGGUAUACCUACAGGAUACGGUGACCUGGCGGGAAAGAUCAGGAGCUCCAGCCUCAGCUCGAAGCCCUGUGCCGCUACCUGCGAAAGCACCUGUGAGCCAGGAUCGGCGGUGCGGGAUCUGUGACGUCACCUGCCCGAACCCCUGGCAGCUGCAGCAGCAUCUGAACGGAUUCCGGCACCGAAACGCCGUGCGGAAGAGCCAGUCGAAAGGGAAAUUCCACUGCACGACCUGUGAGAUUUUAUUUGAUUCUGUUCAUCAGCUGGAGGUGCACUGCUCGUCGGAUAAGACUCACAAAGCCCGCGCAGCUGCGAGGAAGCUUCGGGAGCAGCGUGACUAUGUUCAGCGCGGGAAAUUCGGCAUCGACAUAAGCCACCCGUUUGCGUCACUCCUGGGAACCCCCUCCCAACCGCAAGUACCCUCUGCAGCUAGUGCAGUAGGCGCAGUACGAGCACCAGGAUCAUCUGUGGCAAGAGGCGCCGACACCCAGCCUAUUAAGAUGGACCUAGGGUCUACUCUCGAAUGCCUCGUUACAAUCACGAACCGCCACCAGACCCAGCGGCUGGUCUCCUGCAAGCUCGCGGCCGAGAAUCCGGACAUCAAAUUCGGGUUCUCAGGGUACGUGAUAGGGACAGACGAAGCCGUUCCGCGGAGCGGAAUGGAGAUCCGGCCGCGCGUGGCGUACCAGCUGACUCUGCGGGUCAAACCGUCGUCCGUGGGAGUUCUUAAAGCCAUUCUGGUGUUCAGCUUCGAGAAUUUCUUGAUCGGCCGUUAUCUCAACAUCCUGGUGGAAGACCAGGUGACCAAGUCCAUGGCUCCCACGGCGCCGUUCGAACCCAAGGACCGGAAAUCGCGCCAGGAGGAGGAGCCGGCGGCUGAGAUCCUGCCAGGUGUCGAGCCGGAAGGGUGGAAGCGUGCUGGCGAGCAGUUGGCGAAAAUCCCGUGGUUCGGAAUCCCGAGCUGGGUGAGGGAGAGCUACGAGGGGAUGAACACUGCAGAAAUGCGGUUACCAGGUUUCGAGGGCCCGGUUACACUGGACACGUACAAGAAGCGGUUCGAGCUGUUAUUGCACGUAGAGGAGCUUCAAAUGGAAUUCGACAUUCGUUACUAUGACAUGAAAGGAGUGACACUGCUGCCCGCGGGGGUGGAUCACUUCCAGCUGACCGUGCCUGGGCUGGCUGAGAAACGCCCCUCCGUGCUGUUUGGCGAUCGGGUGUACCUGUCGUACGCCAACGAGGGCGGAGACGGCGGGGGAGGAGGGCAUAGGCGCAUUGAGUACCAGGGGUUCGUGCACGGGGUGGACAGAGAGAGUGCGCUGCUGCGCUUCCACCCCGACUUCCACCGCCGCUUCAUCCGCGGGCAGCAGUUCAACGUGCGCUUCGAGGUGCCCCGCGGGCCAACCAGAGCGUGCCACCUGGCGCUGGGGCUGGCGAACCAGCACCUGGGGCAGCACGUGCUGAUGCCGUCGCAGAUCCCCCAGAGGAUCUUCAGCAUCGAGAUCCCUGCCAUCCGUCCGUUUGACCGCCAGCUCAACGUGGAGCAGAAGGAGGCAGUGGCGCAGGUGCUCGUGCGCUCCCGUCUGCAGCUGGGCGCUCGCCCAGAGCCCUACCUGCCGCCGUACAUUGUGUUCGGGCCGCCAGGGACCGGCAAAACCAAGACAGUUGUGGAAGCCAUCCUACAGGUGGUGCGUGCCCUCCCAUCGGCGCGUGUGCUGGUGUGUGCGCCUUCCAACAGUGCCACUGACAACAUCGCACUCCGGCUCAAAGGCACGCUGCAGGUGCGGGAGAUGCUGCGGCUCUACUCAGUCAGUCGUGGCCGGGGCGAGGUGGAGUCCGAUCUGCUGCCCUUCACGCGCUACGACGACUCCACGGGGGUCUUCCGCCUGCCGACCCUCUCUGAGAUUCAUGCUGCCAGGGUCGUUGCCGUCACCUGCUGCUCCGCUGCUCUGCUCUACCGCAUGGGUGUCCCCCGGGGCACCUUCACCCACAUCUUCAUCGACGAGGCCGGCCAUGCCAUCGAGCCCGAGGGGAUCAUCCCCAUCGCUUGCCAUGCCACGCCACAUGCCGUCAUCCUAUUGGCCGGCGACCACAAGCAGCUGGGCCCCGUCGUCCGCUCCCUUGCCGCCCGGAGAUACAAGCUACAGUGCUCAUACCUCGAGCGGAUGGCAAACCUCGGCAUUUACUCACCCGAAGAUUCGGAGGGCGGCGGCGGCGGUUUCAUUGGCUACAACACUAGCGCAAUCACAAAGCUAGUCAAGAACUACCGCUCACACCCGAAAAUUUUGGAGCUGCCCAACGAGAUGUUCUACGAGGGCGAGCUGGAGGCGUGUGCGGAUGAGAUGGCCCGAUCUUCCCUGUGCCGCUGGGACGAGCUGCCCAACAAAAAAGAAUUCCCGAUCUUUUUCCACGGGGUGAUGGGGAGGGACGAGAGGGAGGGGAGCAGCCCGUCUUUUUUCAACCCGACUGAAGCUAGCGUGGUCAUAAAAUACAUUACCUCCUUAAUGGGCUAUAGGAGCCAGAGGGUCCCUUUGACGGACAUAGGGGUGGUUACUCCCUAUCGCAAGCAGAUGCAGAAGCUUCAGGUGCAGCUGAAGGGGAAGGGCAUGGGCGCAGUGAAGGUGGGCAGUGUGGAGGAGUUUCAGGGGCAGGAGCGGCGGGUGGUGAUUGUAUCGACUGUCAGGUCCAGUCAGCAGUAUGUGGAGUUCGAUUAUAAGCACAACCUGGGGUUUCUGGCGAACCCCAAGAGGUUCAAUGUGGCUGUAACGAGGGCCAAGCAGCUGCUGAUCAUCGUGGGCAACCCCAAUCUCCUGGCUCAGGACCGCUGCUGGGGCGCUUUGCUGCAGUUCUGCCGCAGGAACAACGCCUACACGGGCUGCCCCCUCCCCGCCACCAUCCCUCCCCCCGACCUCCCCUCGGACUCACCCCUAGACGGCCCCAGUGGCCCACAACCAGGAAGGCCCCUUGGGUCACGUCCUGUUACCAGCACCACCACCAGGGCAACCACCACCACUGCCAGCAGCACUACCGGCACCAGCAGCAGCACUUUUGCCACCCAGUCGCUGUUGGAUUCCCUGGCUUCGAUGUCUCUGAAUGAUGAUGACAACGCUGACAGCGCUGGCGCUGAGUCAGCGCGUCUGGUGGGAAGUGGGUUCUCAGCGGCAGCUACACACGAGGAUCUGGAGUGGCGGGUUGAGGCUUGAGAGAGGCUGCGGCUUGGGGGUAGGGUUGUGUGGCUGGGGAGGGAGAGGGUGGGGGGAACCCUGUGGGUGCAAACGAGGCUUGUGGGAUGAUCUCAGCAGCGGCGACACACCAAGAUGACAAGUGGCGAUUUGAAGGGUGCGAGAGGGGAAUGGGGGGUAGGGUGGUGUUGAGGCUCGAGAGGGAGAGGUUGAGGGGAUUCGUUUGUGAGGAAGCGGCUUAUAAGAUGGCUGCAGUGGCGGCGAGUGACACACGAGGACUAGGAGUGGCGAGUUGGGGCUGAGAUGUGAGAUGGUUCAAGAAUGGCUGCGCCUAGGAUGGUUUUUGCGUUGGAUGGAGUAGAUUGUGCAUGAAGAUGUUUCAACACAUUGUGUCGAUGAGUUCGAAGAACCUUGUGCAGCACCAAGAGGGAUUCGUUUGACCCCAUCAGAUUUGGAAGCGCCGAGUCCGGCACGGUACUUCCAGUUGGGGCAACAGGGUAGGAUAGGGCGGUUGAGGGAAUUCGGCCAACUGUGGUAGUUUGGCUUCCUGUAUUGGCUACCUAGAAUGAAUAGCUUUCCUUCACCUUAUGUGUCCUUAUUGUUGGAAAUAUCUCAAGGA